CACUUGUCAAUGACAAGCCUAUGGGAUACACGUGUCAAAUUUCCAAGUUUAUAGCAUGAUGAUAAAGCAUAGAUGAUGAAGACAAGAUCACAACAAGAAAAGGUUGAAACAGAAGUCAACCAAUAUGUCUGAAGUCAAAAAACAAAUAUUUGUCGGUUUGGCAAACUCAAACAACUCUCCCUAGCUUGUCGGAUCUCUCUCCUUUUUUGGUCUUUUCCAAUUUAGGAAAACAUCUAUACAACAACACAACGUUUCAUUAGACUUUUCAAUUUUCUUCUCUUUGUGUUCCCCCAUAAGCAAAAUCUUCCGGCAUCUGUUCUCCGCUAAACACGGAGCAACAAGGCGGAAGAACCUUUUGUCUUUGGCCAGGAAAGAGACCCCUUUGGUUCUCCGGCCAGAGAUAUGGGAGCCGGUGGAAAAACGGUCAACGCUCACGUGCUCUCGGCCACGUAUCAUCACAAGCACGUGCGUCCUAUGGCCUGCGACGAGGACUCUGAUCUCCGGAGAGGCAUCGGAGAGCUUCUUUCGAGGUGGGGCGGGCUUCAGAUGGCCGUGAAGAAUAAGUGGGGAGGCCACGAUUCUCUCGAGAAAUCUCACGAGCUUGCUCACGAUCUUUUUCAUCUCUUGUCUCAACCAAAUGUGAUAACGGUGGAUGAGAUAGAGAGUUUUCUACAUGAGAGCUUGCUUCUUUCUUUCAACACAGAGAUGGAAGAUGGCAGCAUUGAAGAGGUAGCUGAACAAUUGCUGAUACUUCAUGAAGAGAUUUGUUUGCAUGGGAGUCAUUAAGCCAAAGAUACUACAGUUUGAAUGGAUUAAUUAGUUUUGGUGGACUAUUUUAUUUGAUUGUCCUUUUUGUACAAUGUAAGAUAUAAAUAUGAAAAUUUGGCGGAUGACAACAUGUGAUUAAUCAGACAUUAUAGAAUAUAUGAAUCCAAGUUUAUGUUUACUUGAAA